ACUCAGACACACAUCUAUUCCUCCCUCCCCUCACUCCCUUUCUGUCUGCUCAUUUGCAAUGCAAGGCUUACUUCCCACAGGGGCUCUCAGGCUGGGGAUGUGAGUCUGUGCUGCAGAUCUUUCAGCUUUCUGCUUGCUGCAGGGAGGAGGCUGUGGCUGAUGCUGCCCACUACACUAUCUCUUUUUGCUCAGCUGAAGGUGGGCGCAGCCCGUUGCUCAUUGUCUGGAUGGAGUCCCAGCAAGGGCCUACUUCACCAGCGCAGAGCAAUGAAGCAAAGGGCAAUGGUAACCCACAUUCUACUGCCCCCACUGAGGUGACUGUAGAAGGGCCUCAACAAGCACAGGGUGCAGAAGAUGAUUCUGGGGUCCUGGCACCCACUUCUGGUUUCCUGCAGGUCACAGAGAGAAGACAGCCUCUUAGCAGUGUGUCAUCUCUUGAAGUUCAUUUUGACCUCCUGGACCUUACAGAACUCACAGAUAUGUCUGACCAGGAACUAGCUGAAGUUUUUGCAGAUUCUGAUGAUGAAAACCCACAGAAUGAGCCCCCGCCAGGUCUGCAACUGCCUCCCUUUCAUCGAGCUAGCUAUCUCCGUUCUCCAUCUUGGACCCGAACCAGAGCAGAAAGAGAAAAGAAACAUGUCAGUGACUCGGAGCUUCAUGGAGGCAUACUAGACACAUUCCUUGCUGCAGAGAGAUCCAAAGAAAACUAAACAGCCUUUACCUUCUCAUUAACUGGCCCCUGCUGCCCCAUCCCUAUCAGUGCUGGGACUACAGACAACUCCAAUAACUAUAGCACUUACAACAAAGAAGUCAGAGAAUAUUUACUGCACACACAUAGAAGGAACUUCCUUCUAAAAAGGAGAGAAGCCCUGAUUUCUAAAUGAGGUUGAAUACAGCCUGCAAGACAAGAAGAAGAAUACCUUUAAUAGUCAUUGAACCAACAAUUCAUUGCUAAAACAGUUAAAAAGUUAAAUUAAAAAGACCAGCAUACAUGUUAUAACAGGAAGUGAUUCAUGAGUGCACAAUGAUAACAGCUUUGUAUCAAGCAGAAUGAAAUGCAUACCAAACGUCCUAGACUGGAUGUAAACACAGAGACUGCAGUAUCUCAGCGAUUUCCACAGGUAUUUCUAGUUAAGAUAAGAUUGUAAACAUUAUUGUUCCGAGAUAUAUAUAUGCUGGUAAAUCACCCGGUAUGCUUAUGCAGGUUUACUGUCAGUGGGCGAUUCAAUAUACAUCCUAUAAAUGAGGGCAGGAUCUGGGCUAACUAUCUCUUUUUAACAUAGAUUUAAAAAAAGAAAUGUGCAAGGACAUACUAACUGUGGCAGAUACAGAAUGUAUGGGAAUGAAUUGUACAAACAUGACCUCUUCCAUAAGCACAGAAUGUUCCCACAGCCUUAAUUAUGCCCACUCUAUCACUCACAGACCUGUCGGCAGCAGCAAAAUAAAAAAAAUCUGAUUGCAGACCACUUGCAAAUGCACCUUGGCUACUAAAUGUAGCCCAUGUAUCCCAUAGACUUCAUGUGGCUGUCGUUGCAUUUUAGCUUGAAUGACACUUUUGCACUUUAAAUCACAUUAUGUGGCUGCUUCCCAAAGCACAGGGAUUUCUCCAUGAUUGUCUUGUAAUAAUCUGCGUGGACUGUAUUCAGGAUCACUGCCAUCAGAGCCUACAGCAUAUUGCACUAUGGGUGCAUCCCCCCCCCCCCAAUACAUUAGAAAAUGGCCUUUAGCACAAUAGCAAAAUAACUUAGCUUAAUGUCUGCCAGACUCUUAAUGGGAACACUAUCAUUAACAAUAAUAAUAAUCAAGACCAGAUUCGUCACCUCUUUGUAGGGAAGGGUAAAACUAUACAGAUUACUCUUAUAUCUAUCCAUAUUUAAUAUGUAAAUGGGUGCAGCAGGGUUACAGAGCAAGGAUCGUUCCCAAUUUUUAAAGUAGAAUCAAAAACCAUUUUACAUUUGAUGCAGUAUAGGAUACUAUUUUAGCAAACAUCAUUUUUGCUGGAGUAUUGGAACUGUACGGUUUCUAGAUUUUAAGUGCACCCCUCCCCAAGUUGCAUAACUUAAUCCCUAAAGACCCCUAGUAACAUCUUCACAUAAAGAAGCAUUUAUAGAAUGUCAAUCAAGCCCCUACCAGGAUCUCUGUACUUCUGAGCUCCCAAAUAGCUACGGGUAGGGAUGGGCGAAUUUUUUCGCCCUGUUUCGCCUCAAAAAUGACGGGCAUAAAACAAUUUUGCUGCCCAUAGACUUUAAUGGGCGUCAGCGUCAUUUCGGCGAAACUAAACAGGUCAAAUUCACCCAUCCCUAGCUACGGGGUCUGAUGUCACUAUAGUUACAGCAAUAACUCUUCCCAACCUUUACAGGGAUUAAGUCCAGCCAUAACUUGAGUCUCAAACUGCAUGGGAUAAAAUCUAUGUAAUAGAAUUAAGUCCAAGUCCGAAACAUUGCCACAUCAAAUUACUGAAAGAGGAGUUGGAAUAUAUUCAUUGGUAAUAAAUCAAAGAACAGCAGCAGUUAUGAAAAAGAAUGUUUAUUGAUACACUAUUUUGCAUCAAGUAUGAACAUUAAAAAAAGUGAGAUCUACUGAAAAUAAUUGUGUAAUUGAAUUUAUAAUAUAAAUCACAUUUUGUUUCCCCGUUGUCAAACUGCCAGACUGUAGAAAUUGAUUGGAUAUAAUUGUACAGAAAUUCAUGUGUUCUUUCCACUAAAAAUGAACUUGAACUGUUGUAAAAAAUAAAUAAAAAUAAAACAGUG